CUCAUUGCAGAAAACAACAACAGCAACAACAACAGCAACAACAACAGCAAACGUAGCUGAAGAAGAGCAAGAGCUAGUGCAAGUCUUACAAGAGGAAACAAGAGCAACAGCAGACCUAACAUCAUGUCCAGUCUGCCACGCCGCAUCAUCAAGGAGACGCAACGUCUGAUGCUGGAGCCCGUGCCCGGCAUCAAUGCCAUACCCGAUGAGAAUAAUGCACGCUAUUUCCAUGUGAUUGUCACCGGGCCGAACGAUUCACCGUUCGAGGGCGGCAUCUUUAAGCUGGAGCUCUUUCUGCCCGAAGACUAUCCGAUGUCGGCGCCCAAGGUGCGCUUCAUCACCAAGAUCUAUCAUCCGAACAUUGAUCGCUUGGGCCGCAUCUGUCUGGACGUGCUGAAGGACAAGUGGAGUCCGGCCUUGCAGAUACGCACGAUUCUGUUGUCCAUUCAGGCGCUGCUCAGCGCGCCCAAUCCGGACGAUCCGUUGGCCAACGAUGUGGCCGAAUUGUGGAAGGUCAACGAGGCGGAGGCCAUACGCAAUGCACGCGAAUGGACCCAGAAGUAUGCGGUCGAAGACUGAAGCGCCACCGACUGUGGGCUGGGGGUGCGGGCCAAUGGUGGGGAACGGAACGGGAUGGGGGGAGGAGGGAAGUGCGAACAAUGAACACGACGACGACGAAGAA